ACUUUUUAAUUACCACGUCACAUAUUUAACGGUCAACCAUGAAAGUUGACUGUCACGUAAGCUAGAGUUAACGGAGAGUGACGAAACUUGAACCAUUUAACUAAUUUGAGUGACCAAGAUUGAAUUUAAAUAUUUUCAGUGACCAAAUAUGAAUGUUUUUUGUAAUUUCAGAUGCAAUUAACCCAUAAUUGUUACGAUCAGCCUGCUUAACCCAUUGUGGAUUGUGAAUGAGGAAAUUGGAUGCCCCUCGCUGAAAGUGACCCAAAUUAAACAAAAAACUUCCUAUAUCCAUCCUAAGUUCCUAACCUCAGCAUCCAAGGAAAAAAAAAAAACAACAGCUAUACCAACGAAGAAGGAGACAAUCACAACAACACAGCUGCUUACCAAGUCUGACCCACUCCCUUGUUGCCUAGUUGUUUCCGUUCUUGCUGGCCGGUCAACAAUGGCACAGCUGCUGACCAAGUCUCAAAUCUUUUACCCACUCCCUUCCUUCUGCUUGCCGGUUCUUCACCUACCACAACCUUCAACUCUCUCUUCCCCUGCAUAUAUAUAAAAGCCCAUGUUUUCCCCUGCAGAAUGUCAACACACAACAACAACAACAACAACCCAUCACUUCUUUCCCCAAAUCAAGAACAAAGAAAGAAACCACAAUCACUCCUUAUUUCAACCAUGUUGAGAGCAUUGAGCACUCGCAGAAGCCACAGCAGGUAUGAAAAGCUAGUUGACAAGGCUGAAUCUUCUUCAGCCGGUCUUCUGGGAGGUAGUAGUAGGGAUUUUCAGCUUAAGAGGAGCAACACCUUGCCAAUUCGGUUUCUGGGUUGCUGUAGAGGUAGUAACAAGGUGUCUGUGGAGCUGAACUUGCCAUCACUCCCGGCGGUGAAACCGGCCAUGAAGGUUAACAAAAGCCACCCGCUUUUUACCCUCUUUGAUAGACGGCGGCAGAACAGGAGGACCACUUCGAGGCCGGAGUUCGCUAGGUACAUCGAGUAUGUCAAGGAAGCAGGAUUUUGGGAUAAGAACUCUGGCAUGCCUGUUAUCUACUACAAGUGAAAAGUUUAGGAAAGUUUCAUGCUUUCGGCCAUGUAUUGAUAGGAAGGCUUUUUUCUUGUAUUGGGUUCCUUGGAUUGUGUAGAAGAAGCUGUGAUUAGUUCCUUUUUUCUGGGAUAUUUUUUUUUUUUUUUUUUUGAUUGUGUAGAAGGAAGGAGGAUUGUUCUGGUUUUGUUUACUAGCUUGACUUAAUGAAAACUUUGCUCUUGACAAUCUCAAUGCCUUCUUUGUGUUAUAACUUUCCUGUAGUUUUUUUUUAUAUAUUCAGAGAUAUGACAAUAGAAUACAAGAAAAUUAGACUACCCUAUAAGUCCCUUCCCACCCAAUAAACAACAUCAAAUGAAAGCAACUCUAAACUAGACAGAGAAAGGGCUUUUCUUGCCACACUAUGGGCAGCCCGAUUGGCAGUUCUUGGAACCGCACAAACCUCUAAGCCUAUGUCUAGGGUAGCGAUCAUCUGACGACAGUCUCUGAGCACCGGACCGCCAACAGCAUCUGACUCUAUCCCUCUGAGUAGCAGACGAACAACGACUUCGGAGUCCCCUACUAGGAUGACUUCUAAUAGGCCGAAGUGACGAAUCAAGUUUAAAACAUCUCGAGCGGCUAGUAGUUCGGCUAGGUACGGGUUGACGAUCCCAGAAUGUUGAAAUCCAAAAGCUAGGAGCGUACGGGUCGUCUGCAGACUUCAACACCAAGCCUGUAGAACUACCUUGGGAAGGAUGGAUAGCUGCGUCGAAGUUGAGUUUGAGAUGGCCAAGAGGAGGGGGAGACCAGGAAGGAGGCACUGAAGGGAAGACCGUUGGAGCGGGAGGAGGGACAAAUGGAAGGGCGGAGGAGAAUUCUUGUACUUGGUGAGCGAAUUGAGCAGCGAGUACGGAUGGCAGUAGUUGAGUAUACUCAAAAACUACUGUAUUUCGAGAUUUCCAGAUUCUCCAUAGUAAACAAACGACUUGUAGAAUCUGGUAUGGAUUGUACAUAGAGUACAUUACUCUCCGCCACCAAGUGUUAAAAUUUUCUUGCGCGGCGUGAUUAAUGAUAUUCUCCAACUCUACCAUUCACCAUAGUCGAGUAGCUAAUGGGCAGGUAAAGAAUAAGUGUUCCAAUGUUUCGGCUUGAAGACAACAAACUAGGCAAAGGUCUGAAACUGGUACAUCUCAUGCUUUAAGGAUAGCCAUGGUAGGUAAGAUGACUCUUAAAACUUGCCAUACGAAGAACCGAAGUUUAGGGGGAAUUUGGAGUUUCCAUGUUUUUUUCCAUAAGCCCUCAUCCAUCACUUGAGCUAAACUCUUAGCCCCAUUUGAUAAAGCCAAGGUGAUGCCCAUAUGGUAUCCUGUUUUGACUGAGUAUUCGCCGUUAGAAGUAAAAUGCCAGACUCUCCUAUCUGGUUGGUUAUGUCUAGCAAUAAGAAGAGAGCAAAUUAGCGAUACGGAAUCGGGAGAGAAGAGGUCAUUGAUCAAACUCCUCCUCCAUUGGUUGGAUUCUUUGCAAAUCAAAGAGGAUACCAAGAUUGACUCUUCAGCAGGAGCUUGAUCUUUCAGCUUAGGGUAUGAUGGGGGUGAUGAAGGCAACCAUAAGUCGGAUAAUGCUCAGACACUCACCAUUUCCUAUUUCCCAACGAAGUCCCUGAAGGAGUAGUUCUCGGCCAUAUAAUAUACUUCGCCAAGCCCAAGAAGAAUUAGAUCCUGAUAAUCGGCUUUAACAUAUUGAAUUUUUUGACUUUAUGUGAUUAUCCAUGGUAUGUUUUAGCCAAUUGGUGCUAUUUUAGGGCUCGCUAACCCGAGAAUGGUUGAAAAAAAACUAUUACUGCCUAGUGCCAUGAGUUUGAUAUGUUACAGGUGGAGAAAGUAUGAAAAAGAAGCGAGUGCACAAGCAAUCAAUCGGACUCGAAUCACUGGUGGAAUACUCAAAUGGGCCAGGAAGAAUUUUUGGGCCGGGGGACUUUUGAACAAAGAAGGCUAGCGGAAUUAUUAGAGGAGGAUUCUCUUUUUCUGCUGGGCCGAGAGGAAUUAAAUGGAAGGUGGCAUUAUUCUGGAGCAAGGAGAUUGGGCCAGGGCUUAUUGGGGACGGACGGAAAUUCUACUAGGGAGAAGUCUUGGACGGAAUUAAUCAGGAAGAACAGAAUUGAGCCAGGGGGAUUGGAAUUAAAGGAGAAAGGGUCUAAUUUUGGUGGGAGGAGGGAUCUCUGGACGCGGACAGGGAGGAACUUUAGACUUUUGGAAGAGCUGGGCGGAAUUAAAAUUCUCGGAAGGCAAAAGAAAGAGCUGGACGGAACGAAUUAGGGGGGGAGAGAGCGAGCAGCAUCGCAGCGACGGAAGGAGCUGGGCACGAGCUGAUCGCCGGGCAUAAUUCAAAAUCAGUAUUUUCUUCCCUCGAUUAAUACGAUGAUGAUUAUGAACAUUGAUUGUGUGUUUAAUUUUCGUCAUGAACUAAACCCCGAUUUCUGGGGGAAACACCAUAGGAUGUAGCUAUUUCUUGAUUUGAUGGAUUGAUUUAUGAUUCUUUUCUUCCAAUCUUUAUUGCAUGAAAUUACUUAAUGCUUUGUGUUGACUGACCACCAAUACAAUGAAUCGUAGUUGAUUAGGUUAUUAGCGACAGUGAAACCCUAUUAACUGAACCUGUUUCAUGUGACAUAGUAACUUAUCGAAGCGACAGUGGAUUAAAUAAGGUGCUAUGCG